CGAGCAAGGCGCCCACCCCACUUCUCUCUGCAGAUAAGGCGCUCCGCCUCCCCCCUUCCGCCGCACCCUCCUCCAUCUAUAUCCUCCCCGGCACGAGCCGUCGUCCAGUCCACUUCAGCACGGUCCGACACCGCGACUCCACCGGCGGCGCCGCGCCCGAGCCCAGCCGAGGCCGAGCCAAUGGUGGCUCCCGCAACGCUCUCCCUCCGCCCCUGCGCGGCGCCCGCGCCGCCCCGUACCGCGCCGCCCCGCGCGCGGGCCUGGUUCGCGCCCGCUACCCGCGCGCCCCAGACCGUCGCCGUCUCCUACCCGGCGCGGCCCUUCGGUGGCAUCCGCCGGGCCGUCGCCGUUGACUCCGACCAGCAAGGCUCCCCCGAGCCUCCCGAGCAGGAGAAGAAGCCAAAGACGUACCACUUCCUGGUGGCGAACGCCAAGUUCAUGCUGGACGAGGAGGAGCACUUCCAGGAGCAGCUCGCCGAGAAGCUGCGCAACUACGCCGAGCGCGAUAAGGAGCGCGACUUCUGGCUCGUCAUCGAGCCCAAGUUCCUGGAAAGGUUCCCCAACAUCACCAAGCGCCUCAAGCGCCCCGCCGUCGCGCUUGUCUCCACCGACGGCAACUGGAUCACUUUCAUGAAGUUAAGGCUAGACAGGGUCUUACAAGAACAGUUCGACACAGAGUCAGUUGAAGAGGCAUUGGCUUCUAAUCCUGUUGAGUUGAAAUUUGAGAAGCCUGAGAAAUGGACAGCUCCAUAUCCUAAAUAUGAGUUUGGAUGGUGGGAUCCCUUCUUGCCCCCAAAAUCCAGCAAUGGCAUGGCGUAGAGAUAAGCACCAAUCCAUAUGAGGAAUUGAAGAUUUCUUCAAUCAAUCUUCACGUGCUCAGUAGGUAGCCAUGGGGAGACAUGGCCCAUGUGGAGCUGCCUAAGACACCAUUUUUGCUCAUGCAUGUGGGAAUGCUGGUAUGUCAAAUGAUGAAUGCAUAAAGAACUUUACAGUCGCUAGCCUUGUAAUGAGUUGCGUUGUGUAAUUGCUAUCAGUAGCUUAUGAGUAAAGCUUAAAGUUAAACAACCAUGUCAUGGACAUAGUUGUAGAUGUUUGAAGGACCGGAGAAUAAGGCAUUUUUUAUUUUCAAA